CGCAACUCUCGGAUUUUCGCGUGUACGAAAUGGAACUGCACAUGCGCGAGCUAUGGGUGUAACCAAUAACGUAACAGAAUCUUUCUGUCGCACUUGCUCUGUUUGCUUUUCUAUAGUGUUCUCUGUCGUUGAAAUGCCCCAACGGCCAAAAUUGGCGGUAAAUGUGACAAAAGUGAAUUCAAGGCGAUUUAAAGUAAAAAGUCAGAGCAGUGUUAUUGUUAAAUAUAAGACGUGUUAAAGAAAGUGAAUAGAAAAGUGUUUUGUGUUUAAUGUUUAGUGAAUAUAGUGCUAAGUGAAAAGUGAAAGUUAACCAAGAACGAUUAUUUUUUCUGUACAGAAUAGUUAAUCUGUAUAGAUUUUACAGAUUUUCAAUUCUUUUACAGAAAACUGCACUUUUGAUCUUAGCUUUGUUGCAGGUGCUGCUUCUUAGAAGAUAAAAAAAAUAUAUAUAUAUAAGAUAAAACUGAUAAAAAAAAAUACAAAAAGAUGUUAGCCCAUAAAUCGAAAUGGUGUGUUGCAAAGGGGUGCAACAAUAAUAUCACAGAGAAAAGACAUUUUUUUUCGUUUCCAAAAGAGCAUGACAGAUGGUUACAAUGGAUACAUGCAUGUCAAAGAUUAGAUUUACAAGUGAUGGGUCCAGAGUACGCUUAUCGCAAUUGUAGACUGUGCCAUUUGCAUUUUGAAGAAAAGUGGUAUAAAAUAGGCAAAAUUAGAGCUCAUCUUUAUCCUGAUGCCAUACCGACGAUAUUUUUUGAAAGAGACAAUAUACUUGCAACAAGUGCAAUAAAAGAAGAUAGUAAUUCAACAACAGCGACAAGCGUACUAAAAGAAGAUGGUAAUUUAACAACAGUGGCAAGUGCACUAGAAGAAAAUAGUGAUAAGACAAUUGGAAAAGAUCAACAAAAAGAAACGAACAGCAAUAUGCAGUUGUCAAAAGCAAUUGAUCCUAUGGAUAUAGAUAUUGAGACCGCUGAGACAUCCAAGAUUGUUACACCGAGUACAUCUAGCAGCAAGCAUUUAAUAAGUCGUGUAGAAGAAACUCCAUGAAAAAGGAAAAUGAAGGAACGGCAUUUAAAAUUACAAGCAGAAAAUAGAAAGCUGCGCAAAAGAAUUAGGCGACUUCAGAAAAAA